UCUACAUUUUUGGCGGGCGAUUACCGGGCACGUUUUCUUGUGAUAGUAAAGCACUAAGCCAAAGCAAUAUCCAAUCUACAAAAUGAUGGCUGGAAACUGUGAAGAGAGGCCUAAUCAGCCUCAAGCCAACGGAAUCUCACCCAGCAGCAAGUCUAGAGAGAGCCUACUAACGCUUGACCAGAAGAACAGCAGUAGCGAUCUGUUCAUCUCAAUCAGUGGUCUGAUUGGAGCUGGGAAAAGCACCCUGGCUACUAAACUGGCAGAGAGAAUGAACCUCCCAGUGUUCUACGAGCCCGUCAUCGAUAAUGUAUACCUGAGCGACUUCUACAAAGACCCGGCAAGAUUCUCAUUUCCCCUACAAGUGUAUCUACUCAACCGUCGGUUUCAACAGCACCAACAGAUCAUUUGGACAGGAAGAGGCGGAGUCCAGGACAGGACCAUCUACGAGGACUCUGUAUUCGCCAAGGUGCUCAAAGACUCGGGACUGAUGGAAGAGAGAGAGUACCAGACCUAUUGCUCCCUGUUCAGCAACAUGUCCAACUUCAUGAAGAAGCCCAACCUGAUUGUCCACCUUGACGUCUCCCCAGCUGAGAGCAAGAGGAGGAUUGAGCUGAGGCAACGUGAGUGUGAGUCCACCAUCUCUCUCGACUAUCUGGAGAAUCUUCACGGUGCUUACGAAGAGUUUAUGGCUGAUAUUGCGCGGAUCAUCCCCGUGAUAAGAGUGAACUACGAGAAGUUUAGGAGUGCUGAUGAAAUGGCUGACAUGAUCGUCAGUGAAUAUGCCAAGAUGGCGUCUGUGAGAUACGUAGACUUCGACACACCCUCAAAAAGUGUCCCCCACUCCAAGAAGGAACAUACACCCAUCCGAUCCAGGCCAGAACUAGUCACCAUGGACACACAGAACUGAACCACUUUUCUAUUUUUUCUUUAUAACUAGCUAUAAUUAUAGUAUAUGCCCAACCAACCUAUAGAUCUAAAAAAUUGAGUGUCUAUAAUAAUUAACAUUGUCUGCAUAAUUAUAUUUUGUUCGGAA